UAGUCUAUGGCAUCUCGUGCACUGAGGAAUGGGGCAAACCUGUUAAUAUCAUUAUAGUCGUAAUCACAACUCGUAUAUAUGAAAAUUGUAUUUGAAUCUUCGUUUCAGUUGGUAGUGAGCCUUUUCCUAAGUGGCUUUUAGACCUCAUUAAUUAUUACAAAGGAUUUGAAGACGUUUUUCUCAAACAGUUUUUUAUGGUGUGUUCAGUGUUUGCAAGAUGUUAAGGGGAUUGUGUUCCAACAGGAGGACUCUACUUGUUUGUGUUAUGUAAAUUUGGUAGAGACCGUGCCCUUUAUUUAAAGGAUAUACAACCGAUUGGUAUAAGGUGACAGCUUGCUGCCGGCAACUUGUUACCGUUCAUCAUCGAAGUGCCAGUGCCUCUUUCCUCGUAGCGAUUCGGACUAAACAACCGCACCAAAAGCAGUCGUGAAAAAGGCUGGAAUCAGCCGUAACUUUAUUCAGUGAAGUGUGUGUUUUUUGUGUGAUACUAAAAGACUGUCAAGAUGUCCGGAUUCGUGAAGAUCGCGAUCGACGACUACUACUCAGAUAGUAAUUGGACCACCAUUAUCAACAAAUACUGGAUGCUAGCUGAAAGAGUAUCAGACCCUCGAGUGCAAGGAUGGUUCCUGUUCGACACCCCCCUGCCCACGCUGGCCAUGGUGGUGGUAUACCUCUCGUUCGUGAUGGUGGUAGGCCCCCUGUGGAUGUCCAACAAGAAGCCCUUCCAAAUAAAGAACACCCUCGUGGCGUACAAUGCCUUUCAGGUGUUCCUGUCCUCGUAUAUGUUUUAUGAGCACCUAAUGUCAGGCUGGUGGGGUGACUACAGCUUAUCGUGUCAGCCAGUGGACUACAGUGAUAGUGACAAAGCGAGACGGAUGCUGCACCUGUGCUGGGUAUACUACUUCUCCAAGCUGUCCGAGUUCGCGGACACGGUUUUCUUCGUGCUGAGGAAGAAGAAGAGCCAGAUCACGUGGCUGCACCUGUACCACCACUCGCUCACGCCCUUCGAGGCCUGGGUGCUCGUCAAGUUCAUUGCUGGUGGUCACGGAACGUUCUCGAACAUCGUCAACAACCUGGUGCACGUCAUCAUGUACGCGUACUACAUGAUGGCCGCCAUGGGCCCGCAGUACCAAAGGUUCCUGUGGUGGAAGAAGCACCUCACCACUCUUCAACUUGCCCAAUUCUUCAUGGUGCUGUUCCACUCAAUAAGUGCUCUGGUAUACGACUGUGGAUAUCCAAAGAUCAUCGCUGCUGGUCUCAUCCUCCACUCGACCAUCUUCAUCGUCCUGUUCAUGAACUUCUACAUCCGAAGCUACCAGCCGAAGCCGAGAGACCCCCCGACCAAGGUCCCCGUGGCUGAUGCUUCCAACAACAACAAUGAUGCCAAAGUUCCAAAUGGCCACGCCAAAAUGAACGGAUACACCAACGGCCACAUCAAAAAUGGUUACACGAAUGGCCAUGUCAUCACAGAUGCCACACAGAAGGAGAAAGUCCAAUAGUCAAAAUUUUAGAUGUAGUCGAUAUGCAGAGUCAUUCUGCAAGGGAUAUUAGUUUACGAUUUAACCUGUGGAUAAUAGUUACCGUCGCUUAUGUUAUUAAACUUGUUAUGUUGUCCUUUCUUGUAAAUUUUUCACUUUGAUUUUCGCUGUACGAAGCAAACUUUUGGUCCAGUUGAAUGGUGAUGUAGUUGGUUACCGCUCCUUAUUGUGAGGAGUAUUUCUUCCAGUGAUGUUUGUUAUGUAUAUUUUAUAUUUAGGAAUGUUGUAAUGUAAGCGACGCUAAAUGUAGAUAUUAUAUUGUUAAGUAGGUAUGUCUGUCUUCCACUGCGAGCUAAGCUCAGGUUUAGUAAUUAGAUUGAACUGUAACAAAUAGUUGUGUAAAUAUGUACCUGGAUUUAUAUAUAGGUAUUGUAAUAACUAUUUAAUUGUUGUUUUGUUUAUUUUACUGUCUCCGAUUAAAUUGUCCUUUUUCGGUUUACUCGUAAACUACCUCAUUUCUACCGUCCAGUUUUUCUCCUAUUAUUAUUUAAGUUUAGUUCGUUCGUCCGUCCGCAUUAAGCUUUAUUUAGAUGUAAAUGUAGUGUUAAUUUAUUUAUCUUUUUGUUCAGAUUUUGUUUUACUUUCUUGAUCAUCUAUUUGAUUGUAAAUAAUCAAGAAUGUUAUUAUUUUACUUACCAGUAAAUGGACCAAAAAUACCAAAUUUUGUAUAUUUUCUAAAAUUUACAGUUAUGUAUGCUGUUUUUUUUGC